CCACGAUCGCCAAGGACAAGGCCAUCCCCGCCCUGCUGGCCGUGCCAGGCGCGGCGCUCACCGCCGUGUCCUCCCGCGGCAGGGAGCGCGCCCAGGCGUUUGCCGACGCCGAGGCGCCGGGCGCGGGCGUCCGGGGCAUGACGCACGACGAGGUGCUGGCGGAGGCGGGCGCCGAGGUGCUCUACAUCCCGCUGCCCUCGGGCGUGCGCAACGCCUUCAUGCGCAGGGCGCUGGAGGCCGGCAAGCACGUCUACUCGGAGAAGCCGCACAGCGGGACGGUGGCCGAGUUCCGGCAGGUCCUGGACCUCGCGGCCGCGCGAGGCAGGCAGUGGAUGGACGGCACGAUGUGGUACCAUUCGGUCCGCACCAGGGCGAUGGAGGAGGCGCUGGCGAAGCUGGGCCCCGUGCGCCGCGUUGCCGCGUCCUUCACCUGGGGCAACGGACUCGUCGACCAGGCGUGGAUCGACGGCGGUAACGGGCGCACCGACCCGGCCCGCGAGCCGUUCGGCAUGCUCGGCGACUCGGGGCACUACCCGAUCUCGGCCGUCGCGUGGGCCUUUGCGUGGGAGCUGCCCGUGAGGGCGCAGGCGCUCCACUGCAAGCGCAACAAGGUCGGGGCUGUCAUCACGUGCGAGGCCUUCCUCUGGUUCAAGGACGGCGGCCGCGCCGUCAUCGACACCACCUGCGAGGGCCCGCACCGCUCGCAGUUCGAGGUCAUGUGCGACAGGGGUGUCCUCAAGGUGGACGACCUGGUCGGCGGGCAGGGGCGCAGCGGCAACUUCUCGGCCUACGAGGGCCCCUUCGUGGGGUCGACCCGCUUCGUGCUCGGCGACCACAUGGGCAAGGACACGGUCGUCGAGGUCGAGGCGUGCGACCACGAGAAUCGCCUCGUGCAAGAGUUUGUGGAGAGCGUGCGGCACACGAUCAUGUGUGCGAUCUUCGAAUCUUGCAUGCGCGAGGGUGCGGCCGUGGAGUUGACCGCGGAGGGCGCGUUCCGGAUCGGCGGAGAGACUUUCCCGGACCUGCCCACGCGCAACUGGUGGGAGGCGGCUACGCCAGAGCAGUGACUACCAGAUCGCCACGACUUUUUUACUUAACGGGGGUCGGCGGAUCCCCCCCCCCCUGUUCCCCACUGCCAGCGGGAGGGAGCCUCGCUCCUCUCCCGACGACAAGGGCCCGGGGGGCAUCGGCCCCCGCAGCACGACUUCUCCGCACCUCGGAGGAGCAGGACACGCGGUGUGGCCCUGAGUCUGUCGUCGGCUAAGAUCCGCCUGUAGGAGGAAACGCCCGACCUGACCCUACACGCCGCCGCGCUGGUCCCGGGCAGGCCGUGCUGCCCGGUGGAAGGGGCCUCGAGGGACCGGGGGGGAGGGGCGGGGGGUCCCCCCCCCUUGGCCGCCGCCCGCGAUCGGAGCGUACGCAGCCUGGCUCGUCGUCUGACCUGCUUACUGUCCAGUGCCGGCAGCACCGGUGCGGCAUGAGGUGCUGCGCAAGUUUUUGUUUAUUCUUAUUAUUACUAUUAUGAGUAGAUCCCGCAUACACCAGGAUCCGCUUUCCUGUGCGAGAUUCAGUGUGAGGCCAGACAAAGAAGUCGGUGUAUAGAAAUUCGCUGUUGGUGGAAAGAUGAACCACACGGUGUUCACGCUCGCGGAACCCAAGGCGGUGGGAAGUGUGAAGGGAUGUUGCACGUCGACGUGGUGCUGCACCCCCGCCACCCCCCUGCACCGGGCGUCCCCCACACGACGCCCGGCUGCCCGCGGCAAGCCCCACCACCGUGCCGGGGCAUCAGCGCAGC